AUGAACAACAAUUCUUCUUCCACUUCAAACAAUAAUAAUUCACCAUCAACAACAGCUAUAGCCUAUGCAGUUGCUGCAGCUGGGAUUCCUUUAAAUUCAAGGAAUUCCUCCUCUUUCAAUUCUUUAACAGACCAACAACAACAACAUUCUUCUAAUUUUUAUUCGAAUAAAACAUGCCAUUUUGAGCAACAAAGCGGCGAUUAUUUAUGUCAUUACAACACAUCAGCACCAUUUAACCAUUUUACUCAACAAAAUCGAGGGCAUUUUGAUGACUGUACUGCUACUAAUUAUUCAACAGACCCUUCUACUCAACAACAAUUACAACUUUCUGCUUGUAAUGGACUUUAUCAACUUGAACAUAAUGCGAAUAUUGGUUUACACACUUCAAUUAUUCCCUACCAACGUUCUGUCCAACUCGCAACAACAACCUUUCAUCAUCCACAAAAUUAUCCAAACAAUUUAAAUUGUUAUUCUAAUUUUACCCAGCCAGUUGUUGAUUGGAGCGGAGGAAAUACUAGUGGAAGAACUGGGGGAGAUUUAUAUUUAAGAGUUGAUGCAACACUCGAAAUUGGUACAGCUAAUUCUAUUGGAGGAUCGGCGGCUUAUAAUUGGCAUAUGGGAGGAAGUGGAGGUAACCACAACUUGAUUCCUCAAUUUAAUCAACACCACCAUAAUAACAACAAUUCAAUGAUUGAUUGUCUUACUAGCAACAAUUCCCAAAUAAAUAAUAAUUUCGGUAUUAAUUGUCAAAAACAAACAACAAAUUCUUUAAUUGGAACAUCCACAAAUUGUUUACAGAUUUCUCAAACAUCCUCACAACAACUUCCAAAUAAUUUAAUAAAAACACAACAACAACAAUAUUCUCCUGAAAAACCUUUUCGUUCAAUAAAAAAAUUAAAAAAUAUUAAAAAAGAAAUUCAAACAACAAAAAAAUUUAUUUCUUCCCCAAACAAAAAUAAAUUUUAUGUUUGUAAUAUUUGUGGAAGACAAUACUGUAGAAAAAGUACUUUAAAGGCACAUAUGAAAAAUCAUGUUGGUGAAAGGCCUUUUAUUUGUCCGAUUUGCGGUAAACAUUUUUCACAAGCUGCGAAUUUAACAGCUCACAGACGAGUACACACAGGGGAGAAGCCGUUUAGCUGUCCAGUUUGUUAUCGACCGUUUUCUCAAAGUUCUUCAUUAGUUACGCAUAAAAGAACACAUACUGGAGAAAGACCUUAUCCCUGCCCACAUUGUGAAAAAGCUUUUACUGAUAGUUCAACAUUAACAAAACAUUUAAGAACACACACAGGCCAGAAACCUUAUUCUUGUGCUAUUUGCGCUAUGAGAUUUUCUCAGUCCGGUAAUCUUCAUAGGCAUAUGAAAACUCAUACAAGUGAAAUUCGCUGA